UCGGUGUUGAAUGCCGCGGUUCAAUUGGAGGACAACCAAAUAAAUGAAUAUACUGUAGUUAAACACACUUGUACCUACUGUGAUCGUGCCUACAAAACUACUGGUAAAUUCUCUUGUUUAAAUGUGGAAUUUGUAUUGAGUCGUAAAUUUGGCUUCUACCUCAUCUACGCCUAUCUGCCGUCGUUGUUGGUGGUGCUGAUUGCGUGGAUGUCCUUCCUCAUUGACUGUGAGGCGACAGCUGCAAGAACCUCGCUCGGUUUACUCACUGUUCUCUCCUUAAUCACACAAAGUGCGGCUGUACUGUCUCAACUACCUCGUGUGUCCUACAUCAAAGCCAUUGACAUAUGGUUCUUCACGUGUUUCUCCUUUGUUGUUGGAGCCCUGUUGGAAUUUGCUUUUGUCAACACAGCCAGUCGAAAGGAGGCUAAAAUGCACGAAACACCAAAAACUCCCGCUUCCGACUUCUCGGAGGUGGACAAUACAACAAGCGCCUCCUUGAGUGCGCGAACGAGGAUGUCGGGACGAUUGUCGAAUCGAACAAAUGUUCACUGUCUCACGGCUCGAUGUUUGGAUCGAGUGUCGGCAAUUGUGUAUCCUCUUUGUUUCCUUCUCUUCAACAUUAUCUACUGGUCUAUCUACCUCCACCAAUCCACCUAG